AUGGAUGCCCAGGUACCAGACAAGCCCAAUUCUUAUGCUACUGAUAAGGAAAAGGAGAUUCAAGAAGCAGGGGACUCCGCUAGAGGGUGGAGGUCCGGUGGAGGAACCAAGAGGAGGUGGCGCUUUGGCGGCGCUCCGAGGAGGAGUGGCAGAGGUGCGGGCGGCGGCAGAGGAGGCUGGCCGGAGCGAAGCAUUGGCGGUGGUGGAGGAGAUGGGCCGGGUAGAGCGCUGGUGGUGGGCGGUGGAGGAGCGCUGGUGAUGAGCCUGCAUAGUGGAACGGAGCUGAGCGGGAGUUCCAACGAGGGCCGCAGGCUGGUGCCAGCGAGGGCCAGCGGGGUGGAUGCUAGUGAAGGCCAGAAGGUGGGGCUGGCGAGGGGUCGAGGAUCGGUGCAAGUAGGGGCCGGACUGGCAGGUCCGGUCGCCAUACGACGGCCGGACUGUCAGAUCUGUGGUACCCUCUGA